UACGCUCUGUCUCUCUCUGUCUCAAAAAUAAAAAAAACAUUAAAAAAAAUUAAAAAAAAAAAAGAGGAUGCCUCUGAGGAGAGGCCUCAGGUAAAGAGGAAUAAGGGCAGUUGCUUCAUGUUAAAAGCCUUUGUGGACAAUGUGAUUUGUUUUGGUUUUGUUUUGAAAAAAUAAUUUGCGGGUAUUUACCUUGGUGAUAAUUGUCAAAAAGAAAAUGAAUUCAAUGCUUGAGAGGUUUUAAGAGUAGAAGAGACCAGGGGCACCUGGGUGGCUCAGUCGGUUAAGCACUUGACUUAGGUUCAGGUCAUGAUCUCACUGUUCGUGAAUUUGAGCUCCACGUCGGGCUCUGUGCUGACAGCUCAGAGCCUGGAGCCUGCUUUAGAUUCUGUGUCUCUCUCUCCCUCUGCCCUUCCCCAACUCAUUGUCUCUCUCUCAAAAAUAAAUAAACAUUAAAAAGUUUUAAAAAAGGGUUAAAUAGACCAAGUAUUCAUCUAUCAUGAAUUCGUCAAUAUGAUAAAUUUUCUCUGACCCAGAUGGUUCCAAACGGCCCUUCCUUUCCCUUCUCUGUCUCCUGCUCGUCUACAUCAGACUUGGCACAUAUCCAUUCCCUCCUCACCCUCUUGUUCCCUUGACACUUGACUUCCAAGCCUCCCUUGUCAGCUGGGCUCUGGGCUGAAUGCCAAAGUGAAGAAGGGGGACUUGCCAAUAACCCUUCAUAGUGGAGGUCACAAUGUGGUGUCUGUGAUGAGGUCCCUGUUAUAACUGGGUUGGCGUGAAAGACCUCAAUGGGUAUCAAUCUCCUCUGGGAGACCACAGAACACAGGUGUCACCUCUCCCUUCUUCUCAACCUCCACCCCAGGCCUUAGCAGAUUUCCUUUUAGCAUUUAGCAGGUGGCUGAGGAAGCAAGAGGAUGAACCAGGCCCCUGUCCAAGGCUUUGAGAUGGAUGUGGGGAACAAAACCACCAUGCGCAUUAUGUACCCUGAGAUGGCUAGCGCACAGGAUCCUGGCACCCAACUGCUGCUGCUUCCUCUGAAUUCAUCUGGUCUAAAGUGGUUUAUGGAAGUGCUGCGGGAACAGAGCUUCAGAAGCCCAGUAAACCCUGGAUUUCAGAUAGUCCAGGUCCCCGGUGGAAGUAACAAGAGCAAAGACAAGGUCUUGGUGAUCAGCCUCAACUUUCUCCAGUAUGUCCAGCAUUGUUGGCUGGGGAAACACAGUUGGUUUCCAUCCUUGGGGUUCGUGGGUUUGUUGUAUGCCCUGCACACAUGUGACCAGGCACUGAUGCUAGGAGACCUAACCCCAUUCCAGCUGGCCAAGGAGGAACUUUUCAGCUGAUCCCCACAGCGAAGCCCUGAGACUCACCCAUGCCAGUCCUGUGCUAUGCAACGUGGAACUCGGGGAAUCUGAAGUCUUCACAAUAUGGAGUAUCCACUGAGGAGCACCACCCGUGCUCAGAGGGUGAGGGUGGUGAGCAGUGCCAGCCUGUGAGCCCCAAAGCCUUCCUGACUUCCUUUCCUAUCUCUGCAGAAUGAACCAGGCCCCAGUUUUAGGUCCAGAGAACAACAAAGGCAACAAACAGAAUCUACCUGCACAUAAUGCACUUGAGAAUGCCCAUGACCUGGAGAGAAUAUCCACACACUGCUGGUGUUGUCGCAGCCACCAGAUAUAGGGUGGACUGUAGUGGUCUUGAGCCAAGGUGGAAAAGGGCAUCUUUUACCAGGUGGUGUGAGGGUGGAGGCCCCAGGCCUGGAGCAGACAGCCCUGGCUUUUUGGUGUAAAUGUUGAUCUUGUCGUCACUCUGCAGUGUGUGACUGUAUACUCCCCACCUCCCUAACCUACAACCAGUUUUUCCUUCUCUACUUCAUGCUUUUCUGCCUUCACGCUUCUACUAGUCCCGUGUAGGGAAGCAUAUGAGUCAAGGUAAUUGAAUUGUGCUCUGGUGAUCGUUGCUGUAACAUGCAAACUAUGGAGGCUCACUGAGAGAAUGGGGUGCCGCACCCGGCAGACCCAGGCACUCCCUAGGAACAUUGCCCAGACUCUGACUCAGCUCUUGUCCUCUUCGACUCUCAAGACUUUCUGUUCUGUACCAGCCUCUAGCAAAGGAGACAAGGAGAGGCUGGAACAGAGGAGAAAAGUUUUGUGAAAGGAGGCCUCUGACCUCAGCUCUGACCUUUCCCCCCAGAUUCUAGUGACCAAUGUCACCAUCCUCAAGUGCAUCCAUGAGACCUUGCUGGUCAGAGACAUUUCCCAACCACCAGAUUCGCUGUGGCAUGUGGGGUGGAGAAGGAAAGGAAGGUCUGGCCUGAUGCCUUUAGGCAAGGUUGGGUCCUGCCUAGAAGAUCCACACUCUUCUCUAAGCUAGAGAACCAGAGGUGAAGGACCAAAAAGUAAGGAACCAAGAGAAGUCCUGUUUGUCCUUAAGAACUCCUAGCAUAGGAAAGGCCAGGUGAGGAUUCUGAGCCACAGGGAACCUGAAUAGAGGCAGGGUCCAGGCCAGCAUCUCUGGGGCUCCAGAUACAAUUCUGGGGAGCUCUAAGCUGUAACUUUUUACUAAGUGUCUGUUGCUGAGUCCCAUGCCAUGAAUUUUUAGAACAAAACUUCAGCAGUGGUGAACAGCACCCUGUCUACUGUGUGAUGUGAUGAAACAGAUGGGGCCUGAGCCCUGAGUAAACAGGUUGGGGGAAUGCGGUGCUGCCCUCAAACCCCUGCAUUUUUAACUGGCCUUAGCUCCAUCCUCAGGCUUAGGAAAAGGAAUUCCAGAAGGAAAUCAGUUGAAGGGCCAGAGAAAGGCCAUGCCCUGCUGUUUUAGAGAAGCUGUUCUCUUAGGCUUCAAGGAAGUUGCCAACAGUUAACUCUUAAGUCUGUGAACUGGGUUCAGUCCAGGGUGCCUCCACCAGGGUGAGUCUAUUAGUGACGAAUUCUACCAUAGGCUAUCCUCUUUACUGGCUUGACAUGUGGUUGGACUGCAGAGGACCAGAGUUGGUUCCAGCUGGUGUGUCCAGGAAGGGAUGCCAAGGGCAUUCACCCAGAGCAGAAGGAGAAUGAGGCUCCGUGGAAUGUCUGAACUCUACAGACUGACUUUAGCCAAAGGUCAACUCAGUGUUUUUGAAGCCCCAGAAGUGGUUUUAAGUCAAGAACAUAUGAUAGUUCCUUAUUAUCCAUGAGUUCGAAUCUGGAUCCCAAGGCCCUCCAUAAUCUCCCUCCCUCCCCAUCCAACCUUGGCCCCAGCACACUCUGCCACAGGCCGACCAAUCUCACCAGCAUGCCAACUCCUCCAUCCUUCAAGGGCCAGCUCGUGCCUUCUUGCCUCAGUCCCCAGUCCCCUACGUACUUCUAGUCAGUACACAGUACUGUCUGUGACUCAUUGACGAGUGCUCAUCUGUUCUUGUCCAUUGGACUCCAGCUCCCUGUGGACAGGGGCUUUGACUUGUUGCAUCUGCUAUAAGUCUUCUCUAUCAGAAUGCAGGCAGACAACAAAUUCAUGCCAU